GCAUGCACCGCGAGGUCUGCAGUGUAAUUAUUCACAAAGAAAAAAGGCAGAGAGAGGAGCAACAACAACAGGGUGGGAAGCAGCAGCAGUAUUGACCCCGGUUACAGCUCCAACGUUUCACCCGCCCGUAUGCUGACAACGAGUUUAACAUCAUGGCCCUAAGAAGCUGAGAGCGGGAAGUGCCUUUUCCACCUGAAGGGAGUUUACACAGCUUGGUAGUUGCUAGAGAAGAGUGGGGGGCCCAGGCAGACCGUGGACGGGGAAGGGGCUGAGCUCAGCUGGAGCCAAUGCAGCAGCAGCAUCGACAGCCUGAGCUGGUGGAAGGAAGCCUUCCCGUGUUUGUGUUCCCCACUGAGCUCGUCUUCUACGCAGAUGAGCAGUCGUCUCACAAGCAGGUGCUCACCCUCUACAAUCCCUAUGAGUUCGCUCUCAAGUUUAAAGUGCUGUGCACGGCUCCAAACAAAUACACUGUGGUGGAUGCCACCGGAGCUGUCAAACCACAGUGUUGUGUUGACAUAGUAAUCCGACACAGAGAUGUACGGGCAUGCCAUUACGGGGUGUACGACAAGUUCCGACUGCAGGUGUCAGAACAGAGUCAGCGGAAAGCUCUGGGUCGCAAAGAGGUGACGGCGACGCUCCGUCCGUCGGCCUCACAGGAGCCGCCGAGCCCCCGGCCCCAAGAUGAGGAACGCAGAAUCAAAGAGCAGUUUGCAGACAGCGAGUUUUUUGAACAGACUGCAUUUCAAACAGCUCCUGUCUCUUUAAGGCACCCCUCCAGAAAAACUCAGUCCGUUCUGAUUGGUCGACUAACCCGACGGAAGCAAGCAGAGAGCCGUCCUGUGGCUGGAGGACCUAGUCUGCUGACAGUGCUGCUGGGGCUGGUGUGUAUGGCCGCCCUGAUGCUCCCGACGCUGGGGGAGCAAGAAUCUACUGUGCCUGUCUACCUCCACUUAAGUGUUAACAAGAAACUUGUAGCUGCUUAUGUUCUUGGUCUUCUGACAAUGGUCAUCCUACGCACAUGAAGGGCUGUGAGCUGCGAGGAGGAAGAGUCUUCUUAAAGACAAAGAGAACAUUCUCACAUCGGAGGCACUACUACGCUUCAAUGAGUAGAGCUGACAACAGGGGGUCGGGUUACUUAUUCGAUUACCUCAUCCUCUGAAAAAAUACAUUUUAGCAUUCUUGUUUUUCAAAUCCCCACCUUUGUGUUACUACAUACACAAUACUGAACUGAUGCAAACAGGGAGGAGACCUGCAGAGUUUGAGUGGAGCAGUCUGUGGGGAAAAAAAACAAAACACGAGGCCGCUCAGUGUUGUUUGGCCUCUGUCUGUAUUUCUAUCGCCAUUAUGUGACAGAAUCAUGGUUAACUUGAGUGUGAAGGAAUCUACAUGCAAACCUGAUACAUGUAUAUAAAGCCAUUAAAAUUUUGUUAUGGUAUUCACCUGUAACCGUCAUUAUAUUGAUGUUUUUUGAAGCAUUUUUAGUGUAGACUGAGGACUGAAUGCAGUUUUUUUGCAGAUACUUUUUCUGAAUGGGCUUUUAUCUUUUUUUCAGCAGCAAAAUACUUCUACAUGUCACCAAAGGAAAGAUCUUCUUUUUAAGAGAGUGGUUCGUCUGCCAUACUAUAUCAAUGCUCCAUCAAAUGUUUAAUAAAGUCUCAGUACAGCAGUA